AGCUCACAAUUCCCUAAAUGAUGAAUGUCCUUAAACUGCUGAGAGAAAUUUAUUGGAUCAGCUAAAACACAUGACUGAAUAUCUUCAAGUAGAUAAAAGCUAGUAAACAAGGCUAUAUCUCUUAUUGAGCAAUCAGCAGCUAAUUAGAGAAGAAAGACUAGCAGGCUUCCUGUUGUUGUGUUAGAAUUUUUUUAGUUGUUGUUUUGUAUUUUAAACUAUUGGGAUUGGCUUGUUUCUGUUCUAGUCUACCAUUAAUAUCAGUUAUCUAUAUCUAAAAGCUAGUAGUGACUUAAUGCAAGAGAGUCUAUCUGGUAAACAGUGAAACCUAAAAUGACUUUCCUUCCAAAGUGGCUAACCUUUCUGAAAGGCAAAGAGGUUGUUAUUGCUAAUGCUAUAAUUGCAAUACUGACAAUUGGUGGGCAGCAACUCUUCUCUUUCUUUACGUUCAGUUGUCCUUGUCAUGUGGGGCAGAACCUCAUCUAUGGGUUGGCCUUCCUGGGUGUUCCUGCAUUGAUUCUUUUGGUUAUUGGCUAUGCUCUGAACAACCAGACCUGGAGGCUGGUUACAGGCAAGAGGUCUCCUCUUCUAACAGAGAGCACGUGGAAUCAGUUACUACAGUGCAAACUGACCUGCUUUGUACUGUGCAGCAUCACUGGGAGAGCACUGGUUGCUCCAGUGACAUGGCUAGCAGUCACUCUGAUAAACGGCUCCUACUAUGUGUGUGCUGUGAGUGAAUAUGUCUCUGUGUACUACUAUGGAGAUAUUCCUAACGUGACUAUUAGUGAACGCCAGAGGAUUUUGGCUGCGUUUCCGUGCAGUCAGCUAGUUCCACCAGAGCUGAGCAGGGCAAGAGAUGAAGUGAUCCUCCUGCUCCGGUACCAGUCACAGGUGGCUGGCUGGCUUCUGAUUGCUGUGGUAGUCAUCACUGUCUUCCUGUCUUACUGCCUGGCAAGCUGCUUCUCCCCGCUCAGCUUCCUGCACUUCAGGUACUGGACCAGCUAUGUCCGUAAUGAGCAGGAGCUCUUUGAUGAAGCAACAGACCAGCACUCCAAGCUUUAUGCCAUGAAGCAUGUAAAGAAGUUCUUUGGAUUUGUCCCAGGAAAUGAAAAUAUAAAUGAAAUCCGUAUCCCAUCACUCAGGGAGUGGCAAGCUAUCUCUGGACUGGCCUUCCUAAAAUUAGUGGAUGAGGAGCAUUACGACUACAGUCUCCUCCAUGACUGGGCACUCAAGGACUCAGCAGACAGAAAAUAUCUGAAGCUUGAUGAAGACCCCUGACCAUAACUUACCUGUUCUGAUCCCCUGCCGACACCUUGUGGAAAAAAUCAGGAGUGUCUAGCUCUGCUUUAGACCUGAACUGUGGUGGAGCUUUCUGAUACCUUAUUACGUAAAGGGCAUGAAUAAAUACUUUGUUAAUGUAGUCCUUCAGAUACUUAUACACUGCUCCUGAUGGUGUAUGACUCCUGUGGGAUGCAGAGGUCAGAGGCCCCAUCUGACUGGGAUGGGCUGUUUCAAGCUGCAGCUUCACUUUCUGACAAUUCUGCAAAAGGGAUGAGUUUCACUGGGUAAGAAAGCUAUGCUUAAGUGCUUUCUCUCCCCUCUUGUUAAAAAAAAAUAGUAGUAGAUUUAAUAGUAGAUUGAGUGAUUAGAUCCUAUGAGCCUUAUCCACUCUGCAUUAAGUAGAAGCAGAUAUCUAGCUUUGUCUUAACGACCUCCAGUAGAAAUACUUUAUUUUUCCUCUUCCACUUUCUUCUAUGUGGAUAAAACACCUCCUCAACCAAGGCUGAGUCCAGAUAAAGUGGUUUGGAAACUUUCAGGGCACUUGAUAUUUUUAACAGAAUUGAGAUGCCACAAGAAAAGGAGGGGUGAAUCAUAUAGCAGUUAUGGGGAGGAGGGGGUAAGGAAGGAGGGGGGGGGGGGGAACAAAACAAAACAAAACAAAAAGGCAAAAAGGACACUUCACGUGGAAACUUGAAUUUGAGCGCUUCUUGAGUGGUAGCAAGGUCAGUUUCCUAUUCCUAGUGUAUGUACUUCGAAAUGUGUCAGACUUUACAAGUAAGCUGGCCUACUAUGUGGGGAAAUAUCCUUCUGAAGUUAAAUUUGCUUUGCCUUUGAAAAUGUUAAAAUUCAGUCAUACUAUUGUGCCCACAGUCAUUGCUGUCAUCAUUGCUUCCUGAAUUGCCUUGCAGCCUGUGGACUGUGUGCUACCUAACUAUAGGCUAGGAUAUAGGAUGCUACCUACGGGGGUUUUGUUUUGUUUUGGUUUUGUCGUUUUAUUAAAACCAACAACAAAAGAACAGUCUUAAAAUAGGAAAAACACAUGUAGCACUUUCCCUUACAAAAUACAGGAGUUGAAAGCAUGCUAAAAAGCAGGUCUUGUUCAAGUGUUUCCUCUUCCUUUGAGAAACUUCUAUACAUGGACUUGAAAAAGCUGAAUAUGCUGAGUAACUGGAAUAAUGCAGUUUUCAUCACUGAAAAUUUUACAAAUCUCAAGUCUCACUUGAAUCCUAAAGUUUCUAUUAAUAGAACUGCAUGGUAUGUAUGAUUGGCUUAGGAAGCAAAGCAUCUGUUACGGAAUACAAUCUCUGAUUUCACUUUAGAUUCAUUGGUGUUUGGUUUUGGAUUGUGAUUUUUGUUGUUUUUUGUUGGGUUUUUUUUUUUGAUGGUGGAACACUAUGCGCAAUCAGAUACACAAAGCAGCUGUAUGUUUUCAGAAAGUUUCUCCUGCCUCUCUUAUUGGAGUAACAAAAACUAGCUGCUACCUGUUGUGAUUUUUUUUUUUCUAUUCUGUACCUUGUUUCACAGUGCCACUAUGAAAUGCAGAAUUUGUAAAACGACAAAUUGAGCUAUCUCAUAAUUGUAGUGAAAAUAAUUUUAAAAUGAAUCUUCAUGUUCUCUAGCUUUGUCCCAAUUGCUGUUUUUUCUUCUGUUUUUUAGAGUUGUUUUUUUUUUAAUCUGAAUAACAAACUUUAUCUGUCAUUGUGAAUUCAGCCUGCUAAAAUGCAAAAUAUUGCCUUGUUGGGAUAUGUUAAUCCAUAGCAUUAAAUACAGCUGUAGUAUUAUGGAUUAUGGUGCAUUUCCCUUCAUUUCUCUGCUCCUGAAAUAUGUCAUGAAUCAGUAAUGAAAUAAGGCACCGCCUCCUAAAGAGUUUGAAGCUAGAGAAAAAUCCCCAAGGCACUGAACUGCCCAUGUCUGCUAAUACUGGUGUCAUCUUACCCAAAAUCAGUUUAGGAUUGCAGUUUGCUCACUCAGACUGAAAAUGAUUAUUUCUACAACAAAAGCUUCCUGUAACCUCAGUGUUGUACAAAUAUCUGAGGGAGAACUGUCAGUGGUGGAUGCACCUUUAAACAAUGCUAUGUAACAAGUGCCAAUUGGUGUCUUGUGCUGAUUAACCUUUAAACCCACCCUUGUAGGAAGCCCACACGGGGUGAUAGUGUACCAGCUUUGAUUUCUCCAGUUCUGUGCUCACACAACUCUGCCAUCUGUGUGGUGUAACUGGGAAAACCCCUGAGAUGUCUGUUGGUGCUUUCUAACUCCAACCUGCGCUACCACCACACCAGAGGAACUUCCAAUUUCACUCUGGGAUGUCAGUCAGCUGCCCCCAGAGCCCCACCUUGUACUUCCUAAAGCAACUUGUGAAUACC